CUCCGAGAAACCUUAAACGCUAAAACGUAGCCAAAAAGUCAAUCUUACCGCCAAACUUACCUAAUUGAUGUUUACUUUUUGUGGACCUUCAUUUCUUGGAAAAAUAUGCAGAGACGUAGUAUUGCCGGUACUGUUUACCUCGCCAGAAAAUAUACUACAUCAUAAAAAUGGAUAAAAAGUGUGCCUUUACUUAGUAGACAAGACACUAAUGGAAUUAGAUACGAGAAUGACCAAGUUUGAACAUUGUGAUGAGGUAUAAUUAAAUAUUGAGUUACAACGAGGUCAAAAGAUGCUCAGCUGUUAGCAGCAGAACAUAAUUUGAGCAGCCAUGGAUCUUAUAAACUAAACGAUGCAACUAAAUGAUAAUUCAUAAAAAUGGUGGAACAGCAUGUCAUUUUGAUAAGCACCUUGAACGCAACAACAACAACUUUGAGGCUAUCCAAGAUUGAGACAGUAAAUGGAAUUUUUCCUCAUCGGUCAAUCUUACCGCCAAACUUACCUAAUUGAUGUUUACUUUUUGUGGACCUUCAUUUCUUGGAAAAAAAUUGUAGUUUUGGUGGGAAUGUUUAUGUGACAACACGUGCGUUGCUUUGGCUCCAUAUUUUUUCAUUACGUGUCCUACAUGAUGUCACGUCCUCUGACAGCAGAUGAGCUUCAAGCUGAGGUCGAUGCAAUUAUGAACGAACCAAGUGAUGAGGAAACGCCUGAAGAACCGUUUCAAGACUCUGGCAGUAGUUACCAUCCAUCAUGUGAAUCGGACUCCAGUGAUGAAAAUGUAGUUAGUGGUGAGGACUAUGAACAUUCUGAUGUUAGUGAUAGCCGUGAAAACGGUUCACGCAAUCCACCAGCCAACGAAAGGCUAGCCACGACCGAAGAUAUUUCAUGUUGGACAGAGAUCAACGACCAACCAAAAAUUCAUGACUUUACGGGAAUUGAAGGUAUAAAAGUGAAUAUUCCGGCAGAUUCUUCUGCAUGUGAGGUAUUUAGGCUUCUGUUUGAUGACACUCUAAUCGGGAAACUGUGUGAUUGGGCUAAUCUUCGGACAAUGGAGAUUGUGGGAAAUGUAUUACAGAAGCAUUCUACAAUGAACAGGUGGAAGCCACUUUCUUCUGAAGAGUUCCGCCGUUUUAUUGGACUUUGCAUUCUAAUGGGACAAAUAAAAAUGCCCAGCAUCAAGCACUACUGGAAUACUAAGCCACUCUAUGCCCAUCCAGUUUUUGGCAGAGUAAUGUCAAGAAACAGAUUUGAACAGAUUUUGAGGUGCUUGUGUUUUUAUAAGAGAGAAGAUGAAAGAACAUCCCGUUUACACAAAAUCGAACAGGUUGUGAACCACGUUAGAGAAAACAUACAGAAAGUCUAUUAUUCCGGCAAAGAUAUCUCGCUAGAUGAAGCUUUAUUACUUUGACGUGGGCGAUUGCUAUUCCGUCAAUACAUUCCAAACAAAAGUGCAAAACACGGAAUAAAGUUAUAUGAACUUUGCACUCCUGAUGGUUACAUACUUGAUUGUUUGGUAUAUACUGGCAAAGGAACAGUCGACGGGAAUGAAGGUCACGCUCAUUCAGUAGUUACGAAACUCUGUGAGCCUUACCUUGAUAAGGGUCAUACGUUGUACAUGGACAACUACUACAAUAGUGUGAAGCUGGCAGAGUUCCUCCAUACGCGUAAGACUCAUGUGGUAGGAACUCUAAGGAAAAAUCGAAAAGGGAAUCCCAAGAAGGUUAUUUCGUGUAAACUGCGCAAAGGAGAAAUGACUGUCCAGAGGAAGAGGAAUGUCA